AUGACCUUUUGCAAAGAAGCUCAAUUAUCUACUAUUUUAUAUACCGAGUGCAUGCUCACAAGCACGAACCAAAACCGAAAGCUCAACAAAGCAAGCACAACCCUUGAAUACACCAGUGUAUCCAAAGCAAUUCGCACAAUUCAAUAUCUUACACCGUCACCGCAAGACCAAGACCAAGACCAGCCUGAAACCAUCAACAUCAUAUAA